UACAAAUAAUUUCACUUCAAUUCAAUUGUCACGAUUAUAUUUUUGAUUUAAACAUACAAUUUUAUUAACACAUAACUAUGAUGUAUUUUUAAAUUUAGUGUAUUUUAAUUAUUUUAUUUUAAACGAUAGUAAAUUUAUUCUCAGAAAUGAUUUUUAAAUAUAAGACUUGCAGUUCAAUUUCAGACAUUAAAUCUGUUAUUUCUUUAGAAAAUAAUUCAUUUGAUAUUUUUAUAGAGUCUGUAUUACCAGAAACGACGAAAAUAGAAAGAUGUAUUUUAGGAAUUGAUGAAGCAGGACGUGGACCUGUUUUAGGUCCUAUGGUUUAUGGUACAUCCUUUUGUUGUGCGGACAAUCAAGAAAUUUUAAAAGCUUUAGGAUGUGCCGAUUCAAAAGUAUUAACUGAACAGGCACGGGAUGAUAUUUUUGAUGGCAUAACUAAACAAAAUAAUUUACUUGGUUGGGCUGUUCAUAUAAUAUCACCAAAUACAAUUAGUAAUUGUAAUUUUAGAAGACAAAAAUGUUCAUUAAAUGAGGUUUCUCAUAAUGCUGCUAUUGGUCUAAUUCAAAGAGUUCUAGACAGAGGUGUAAAUCUAAGUGAGGUAUAUGUUGAUACUGUCGGACCCGCUGAAAAAUAUGAAGCUAAACUUUCGGCAAUAUUUCCACAGUUAAAAAUAAAAGUAUCUAAAAAAGCUGAUUCUUUAUUUCCUAUUGUGAGUGCUGCUAGUAUUUGUGCUAAAGUAACACGUGAUGCUGCUUUAAAAAAUUGGAAAUUUGUUGAAAAACCUGGAGAAAUCAUUGAUUCAAAUUGGGGUAGUGGCUAUCCUGCUGACCCUAUUACUAAGGAGUACUUAACAAAAAAUAUAGAUCCAGUUUUUGGAUUUCCAAAUAUAGUAAGAUUUUGUUGGUCUACUGCAGAAACAAUUUUGAAAGAUCACGCGGUACAAGUUGAUUGGUCUGAUGAUGAAGAAGAAGAUAAUAAAAGUACUGUUCCAAUAACAUCAUUUUUUACUCAGAAUGGAAAGCAAGUUAAACAAAAGACAGCAUUUUUUGAUGACCGAGGUUUAGUAGUUACAACUAAGAUUUAAAUAAAAUAAAUAAUGUUGGUAAUAUUUUAGCAAUGUAAUAUACAUAAUUUAAUUUUUUCAUGUUAUUACUACAGUAUUGUUUGUAUUAAAAAUGUAUUGUGUAUUUCUGUCCUCAAUAUAUUGAAUAUAAUACAUACUUUUAUGAUACAA